AGAAAAUUAAUGAAAUUCAGCAAGAACAAAAAGAAGUAUUGGUAUGACAGCCCUACCCUGGGAUCUAAAAUGAUGUAUAAACCAACCCCUGUAAUAAAAGAUGACCAGACAAAAAUUAGGAAAGAAGAGAACAUACGCUGCAGAAUCUUGAACAGUCUCAUUCAUAAAACUCUGGCAGAGAUGAUGACUACCUGUGAAAUUAGUCAAGAACUUUAUGAUCUCAAGCUGGAAAUCUGCAAGGUGUCCCUGGCAUCAAACUUUUCAGCAUGUCGUGUAUACUGGAAUCCUGCUGCUACUAUAGAGACAGAAAGUUAUAUUGAGAGGGUGCUGCAGAAGAGUGCUCCCCGGAUACGGUAUCUUCUGACAAGUCAGCAGAUUCUAGGAAAUGUACCCCCAAUAAUAUUCGUAAAAGACAAAGAAGCUGCAGCUGUAAAAGAGGUUGAGGACUUACUGUCAAUUGCUGAUUUUGGACCUCCAGAAGAAGUAGAAACGUUAUCUCAAGAUGAUUCCAGUGAACUGUCCUCUUCAGCAACGCAGUCGUCAGAUUCUCCCAUGAGGUCUAAUCUGUUUGGUGUUGAUCAUGAACUGCUGAAUAAGCAGAUAAUGGACUACAAAAGACUGAAAGUGUCAAGACAUACGGAAAACAUUGCCUGGACAGAAGAGCAGGAACAGCAGCUUUCUGAGAUUAAAAAGAAAAUGAAAAAGAAAAAGACAGGGAAUCCUCCUGAUGAUGACAUUACACCACAGAAAUACUUACUGGACAGAUACGAAGAGGAUAACUGGGAUGAUAACACUGAAUCAGUCUCGGACUAUGAGCUGGAGGAUGAAUUACAGGAGGAAGAAAACGAAUUGGAGGUGGAUGAUGGCAAAAUGAAGUGA